CAAUAUAUUUAAACCAGCACUUUUCACUAUUUCCAUACCAUAAAAUGAUGGUGUAAUGACGAAUAUUAUGAACGUGUAUACUAAAUACCUGCACAAAUUGUAUAUUAUAGUUAUGCAUUAUACAUUAAUUAAAUAGGACAUAGGACUGUUGAAUACGUCAUUACCAUACAGUGAUUGGUAUUUUGAGGGAGUGUAAACAUUGUCAACGAAUGCGCCUAAACAAAUAUCAUCAAUCGUGUAGUGUAUGCCUUCGAGUGCCCUGUACGAACUAUUUUGAGUAAUAAAACAAUUAAGCUGAUUGUGUUAUACAAGAUGAGUACUGUGUCUUGCUACAAAGUGUUGUAAAGAUCUUUAUCAAAAUACCAUCGAAAGGACAGUUCGAUAGCAUAGCGACGUGCGGCAGAGUCAGGUUUAGCGUUGAUCGAGAUGUUGGAAGGCUGUGGACUAAGCUGUUUUCACCUGGGACUUCACUCUGAUAAACGAUUAUUUGUAACUUCAGAGUUCUCAGGCCUCAACCCGCAUAUUUUCACCAUCUAUCGAUUCGUGGUUGCUAUCUAUUUUGCUGGUUUCACUGUCUGGUAUAUCCCUUAUUCAGUGACCGAUUAUGGUUGGACGUUCUUUAUCUAUUUGACCAAUUGGACAUUCAUCGUGGUCACGUGUUAUCUUCUACUAGCUUCGUACAACAGUUUAGUAUAUUAUCUAAAUGCGAGACGGCGAGAAGAAGACAGACUUCUUUUAGGACGGUCAUCCUCUGCCGAUACACCCGAUCUGCCGUUUAUUUACAAAUUACAGUGGUUCCUGUAUUACCUAUCAGCAAACACGUCGAUUAUGGUAACGGUGGUUUAUUGGACGGCUCUAUAUUCCACAGGAAAUUUAAAUUUCGUAGAUCUCUUCAUAGAUCUGAACGUACAUACCCUUACGUCAUUUGUUGGUAUCAUCGAAACGAUGCUGUCUGCUACACCGUUCCGUUUCAUUCAUGUAGUAUACCCCCUCUGGUACGGAGCUGUCUACCUAUUUUUUACCAUUAUUUACUGGGUGGCAGGCGGAACCGAUCCAUAUGGUCAUUCUUAUAUUUAUCCGAUAAUUGACUAUGAAAACGACCUUGUUACAGCUGUGUUAAGUAUUGUCGGUUGUAUAAUUGGUGCUUUUGUUUUCCAGGUAAUAUUAUGGUUAUUGUUUAAUUUAAGAUUGACAUUAGCAAGAAAAUCGUUCGGCACCAAGGCGAGUGAACAAUCUGCUGAUGAAACAACGUUUUAGUUGAGAAUAACGUAUCAUAAACUGUUGCUCACAGGACAAGCAGGCCUUAGAUCCACUGUAAUUACUGAAGGCCUAAACGAAUUCAUUUAUAAUUUUAUAUUUCAAUUGUUUUUUUUAAGAAUUCUGCCAUAAUUAUGCAUUAUAGCAUUCCAUAUUACAUUUUCUGUUUUUCUUUGUUUAUGUAUAUAGGCCGAGAUUUAAAAUCGAACUUGUAUUUAUGCCUACUACAACUAUGUAAAAAUAAAAUAAAACUGUUUAGUGGCUUCUGUAUAA